AUAUCUUUCUUCUUCUUUUUAACACAUUCUGUUGUCUCACCCAAAACCUAUAUAAGGACUCUUAAACCCUAAAACCCAGGAAGAGCAAUUUGUCGGAGUAGAAUACUCGCGGGGGACUUUGACAGCGGACGGUGGAGUAUAUUUGAUAGGCGGCAAACACUCACACCACAAUCCUAACCUUCUCUAAUUAACUUAAUGGUUUUUGUUUUCUUUUAAAUUUUAUUUUUCUCUUUCUAAUAUUUCAUUGUUCAGUUUAUAUACAAGUUUUUCAGCUUCAAAUGGCUAUUGACGGUAGUUUCAACCUUCAUUCUUCGCUUCGGAGACUUCUUGAUCGUUGUCCAAACCUCCAGUGUUUUCCGCAGUUUGAGUCCCUCUUACAGAGGGGAGAGGUGACAGAAGAGGAAGUUGUUAAUGAGCUAGGAGGGGUGUUUCUGCACCCGAGUUAUACAAUUCCAUUGAUGGGCUGUUUCCGACCGAUUGCUCAACAAAUUGUAGAUAAAGCUGUUGCUUUGCUUUCUCUUGUGCCAAAUUUCAGUUCUAUUCCCGAGGACCCUGCUUGUGAGGAUGAUCGUGACAGUGUUUUGGUUGGGGUCGUGAAUAUCAUAGAAUUUUAUAGUCAACAGGGAAGGGGUCUGGACCUUCAUGAGCGUGCCUGUCAAGCUUUCUGUCGUGCUCUUGACAUGGGUCCUUUUCUGUUGAGUUCUAUAUUAAGCUAUUUCAAUUUUGCUCCUGCUCCAUUUGAAAGAUUUUCACUGAAACAAGUUAUGGUUGAGACCCAUGAACUGCGUGUUGCACGAAUAUCAUACCGUUUCCUUCUAAUGGAAAGUGAAAUUUUCUCAAAGCUUUGGGACUGGUCUUGUUUUCUUGACCUCGUAAAAGAAUCAUGCAAAUCAGAUCUUAAAUGGUGUGGGGUGCAGGUAUUGAGCGUUCUGCUCAAAUUAGGCUAUAAAGCCACUGAAAACCUAAACGUUGGGGCUGAAGAAGCUUUUUCUUGUCAAUUGCGCUGGGUAGAGUUCUGUCAGGACACGUCACUAGAGAAAGUUGGUUGCUAUGUCAAGCCAAUAGCAGACUAUGUGUCCAGUUCCCCAGAUAGAACCAUGGUUUUGAGUAAUGAGAACUGUUUAAAAUCCUCUGGCUUUAAUUAUCAGUCGGUUAGUUCACCAAAACAUUCAAAGAGGCAACGACUUGCCAAAAGGGAUAGGGAUAGGGAUGAUAUAUCAAUGAGUAAUACAUUUGUAUUGACCCCAACGGUGAAGAAAAGUUAUCACACAGUUCUUUUGGCCAUCAGUCAGAAGUCGCCUGUUCUUUUAUACGGCCCCACUGGUUCUGGAAAAUCGGCUCUCAUUGCCAAGCUGGCUCAGGAUAGUGGAAAUCGAGUUCUAUCCAUCCAGAUGGAUGACCAAAUUGAUGGUAGAACAUUGGUUGGAGCUUAUGUAUGUACAGAUAGGCCUGGGGAGUUUAGAUGGCAGCCUGGGUCACUUACCCAGGCUGUGCAGAAAGGGUUGUGGAUUGUUUUUGAGGAUAUCAACAAAGCACCAUCUGAUUUGCACUCCAUAUUAGUGCCUUUAUUGGAAGGGGCUGGUUCAUUUGCAACAGGACACCGGGAGGAAGUAAGGGUGGCUGAAUCUUUUAGAAUUUUUUCAACUAUUGCUGUUUCUAAGCUUGACACAUUUGAGAGUGCAGGUCAAAAUUCAUUUUGGGUCUUUUGGAGAAGAGUGAUGGUUCCGCCUCUUGAUAAUAGAGACUUGCAAGAUAUACUUAAAGUGAGGUAUCCGGAUCUGGAGCUUCACGUUAGCCAACUCAUAGAAACCUUUGAAAGGGUAAACAAUAUUUCCAUGCUUCAAUUUGUGGGUUUCCACCCAGGAAGUUCUACUUCUGGUUACUGUCCCUGCAGGUUCUCAUUAAGGGAUCUCCUUAAAUGGUGCAAAAGGAUUGCGGGUUUAGGAUUUACCCUUGAUCGUAGCCUAUCUGAAAACGGGGUGUAUAAGGAGGCUGUUGACAUAUUUGCAUCCUCUUCGUCUUCAAUUGAAAACCGUUUGUCAGUAAUGAAAGAGAUUGCUGAGUUGUGGAAAUUACCUGUCUCUGCUGCUGAGACCUUGUAUCCCUUAGAGAAACCUAUAAUUCAGGAUUCUAUAACAUCUUUAACAAUAGGCCGAGUUUCCCUGCAGUACACUGAAAAACCUUUACAACAACAUAAAAGACCUUUUGUUGAGAUUCGUAGUUCUUUGCAUGUUUUGGAGCGGAUAGCACGUUCUGUCGAGUAUAAUGAGCCUGUACUCUUGGUUGGAGAAACUGGUACUGGGAAGACUACCAUUGUCCAAAAUUUGGCUUUAAGGCUUGGCCAAAAGCUUACAGUUUUUAAUCUUAGUCAGCAAAGUGAUGUUGCUGACUUACUAGGGGGUUUUAAGCCUAUGGAUGCUCAGUCUGUCUACUUGUCCCUCUAUAAAGAGUUCAAUGAACUGUUUGCAGAGACAUUUUCAGUAAAGAAUAAUGGACGCUUUCUUACUCAUCUAGAAAGUCAUCUAAAGAAGUUUUUGAUUGAUAAGAAUGGGCAAGAUCUGUUGGAAGUAUUGCGAAGAGCAGUUCGAAAGGUAUUUGAGAAUAUUCAACCUGAAUCUUCCAAAAGGCCAUUAGAAGAACAAAUAAUCCAAUCACGGGAGGCAGUUGAGCUUAUUCAACCUGAAUCUUCCAAAAAGCGUGAAAGGCCAUUAGAAAUAAUCCAAUCUUGGGACAGAUUUCGCAUAAAACUGGAUAAUGUCUGUCCAAGUAAUCCUUCUUCAACGAGGAUGUUUUCUUUUGUCGAAGGAAGUUUUGUUACUGCACUUAGAAAGGGUGAGUGGAUUUUGCUUGAUGAGGUGAAUUUGGCUCCUCCAGAAACCUUGCAAAGAAUUGUUGGUGUUCUAGAAGGGGAACAUGGUGUGCUAUGUUUAGCUGAAAGAGGUGAUACAGAUUAUAUACAUCGCCAUCCAGAUUUCCGUAUAUUUGCCUGCAUGAAUCCAGCAACAGAUGCAGGGAAGCGGGAUUUGCCCUUCUCUUUAAGGAGUAGAUUUACUGAGUAUUUUGUCGAUGAUGUUUUGAAUGAUGAGGAUUUAAGUCUAUUUAUUAGUCAAUUCAUUAAUAGUGGCUACAUGGAUCAACAGUUGGUUAAUAAAAUUGUUUCUUUCUAUAAAGAAGCAAAAAAGGAAUCUGAAGAGAGGUUGCAAGAUGGUGCCAACCAGAAACCUCAGUACAGUUUAAGGUCCCUUUAUCGUGCUAUGGAGUAUAUGCAGAGGACAAAAACAAAAUUUGGAUUGCAAAAGGCAUUAUAUGAUGGGUUUAAUAUGUUUUUUGUCUCUUUGUUGGAUGGAUCUAGUGCUGAAAUUAUGAGGCAAAAAAUAUCAUCUCUUCUGUUAGGAGGUCAUAUGCCUCCACAUGUACCUCUUUCCCAAUAUUUAGAGGACUCCAUAUCCGAUGGAUCUUCAGGGAACUAUGUUCAAACUAAAUCUGUACAGGAGCAUCUUGGCAAUUUGGCGCGUGCUGUUCUAAUGAGAUAUCCCAUCCUCUUACAAGGUCCCACAUCCAGUGGGAAAACUAGCCUUGUUCGGUAUCUUGCUGCAAUAACUGGUCAUGAUUUUGUAAGAAUCAACAAUCAUGAACAUACUGAUUUGCAAGAGUAUCUUGGUUCUUAUAUAACUGGCACUACUGGAAAGCUUGUUUUUAAUGAAGGUGUUUUGGUUAAAGCUGUAAGAAAUGGUCACUGGAUUGUACUUGACGAGCUUAAUUUGGCUCCAUCUGAUGUGUUGGAGGCAUUGAACCGAUUGCUUGAUGAUAACAGAGAACUUUUUGUUCCUGAGCUGCAAGAAAGAAUUCGAGCUCAUCCAAAAUUUAGGCUUUUUGCUACUCAAAAUCCGCCUACACUUUAUGGUGGCCGCAAAAUGUUGUCCCGGGCAUUUCGUAAUCGUUUUGUUGAGAUUCAUGUUGGUGAAAUUCCAGACAAUGAGCUCAGCAAAAUACUGGAGGAUAGAUGUAAAAUCUAUGUAGGUCAUGCUGAAAAAAUGGUUGAAGUGAUGAAGGAUCUUCGAUUGCACAGACAGAGUAGCCGGGUCUUUGCUGGCAAACAUGGAUUUAUAACACCUCGAGACUUGUUUCGUUGGGCUGAUCGUGCCCAGAGAUUUGGUAACUCUAAUGAAGAUUUGGCCAAAGAUGGCUACUAUCUUUUGGCAGAAAGGCUACGGGACGAGGAUGAGAAGUCUGUCGUUCAAGAAAUUCUGGAAAAGUACUUUCGGGUUAAACUGAAUAUAAAAAGUUUGUAUGAACAGAUAUCAUGUAGAGACAACUCUUCCAAUUUGUUAGUUGGCUUUGGAGGUUCAGAUGGUCUAGAAAGUGUACUCUUGACCAAAGGUAUGCAGAGGUUGUACUUCCUCGUGGAACGCUGCUAUAACUUACGUGAGCCUGUACUGCUUGUUGGAGAAACAGGUGGAGGAAAGACUACCGUGUGCCAGUUAUUAAGUGCUUGUUUGCAGAUAAAAUUACGCACCUUGAAUUGCCAUCAAUAUACGGAAACAUCUGAUUUUAUUGGGGGAUUCCGUCCUACACGAGAGAGAUCUGCAUUAAUUUCUGGGUAUAAAGAGAUAAUUGAAAAGUUGAAGAAACUAAAGACUUGUACAUACUUUCAUAAGGGCCUUUCUUCUGACAUCAAGGAUGCUUCUUCAACUCUUAAUCUGCUGAGUGAUAGGAUAAGGAAAUUUAAAGAAGGUCAAGUUUGUUUGGAUAUCAGCAGAGAACUUAAGGAUCUUGAGCAAAUUAAGUGUGAUCUCAAUGGCUUGCAUCAAAAGUGGCAGAGCAUAUUUGUGUGGCAGGAUGGUCCUCUCGUAGAAGCAAUGAGAGAUGGUGACCUUUUUCUUGUGGAUGAAAUAUCAUUGGCUGAUGAUAGUGUACUUGAGAGAUUGAAUAGUGUGUUGGAACCAGAAAGGAUGCUAUCUUUGGCUGAAAAAGGAGGGACCGAUCUUGAGAAGGUUACUGCACAUUCAAAUUUUUUUGUUCUGGCAACAAUGAAUCCCGGUGGUGAUUACGGGAAGAAGGAGUUAUCUCCAGCACUACGCAAUCGAUUUACAGAGAUAUGGGUUCCCCCGGUUAAUGAUCUAGAUGAGCUUCAAGGCAUUGCUCUGAAAAGAAUUUCCAAGUUUAAAGUUACUGGCAGCUUAUGUCCUGAAUGUCAAGAAAGACUCUCACUAAUUGUUGAUGCUAUGAUAAGGUUUUUUGAGUGGUUCAAUAACUUGCAUCCAGGAAGAAUGCUUACAGUGAGAGAUCUCAUUUCUUGGGUUGACUUUUUCAUUACAAUGGAAACAAGCUUAGGACCAGAGCAUGCACUUCUUCAUGGACUAUUUCUUGUUUUGCUUGAUGGCUUAAGUCUAGGGACAGGACUUUCCAAAAGGGAUGCUGCUGAGCUAAGGGAGAGAUGUCUUUCCUUUCUUUUACAAAAGCUAAGGCUCCAGAUGGAAAAAGUUGUAAAUAUUGACUGGCCAGAGCUUUCAAGAAUGGGAAACUACGGUUGGGGUGAAUUUGGUUCCACUAUGGAUGUGCAACACAGUAACAAUACACAACACGAUGAUUUAUUUGGCAUUGAUCCAUUCUAUAUCAAUAAAGGUAAUGGCAUUGUUGAGGAUGGUGGGUUUGAAUUCAUGGCGCCUACUACCUGCAGGAAUGCCUUGAGAGUUUUGCGGGCUAUGCAGCUUCCAAAGCCUGUUUUACUUGAAGGUAGCCCAGGUGUAGGGAAAACUAGUUUAAUCAUUGCCUUGGGAAACUGUUCUGGGCACAAAGUGGUACGAAUAAACUUUUCAGAGCAGACUGAUAUGAUGGAUCUGUUAGGGUCUGAUUUACCAGUUGAAAGUGAUGAGGGAAUGAAGUUUUCUUGGUCUGAUGGGAUACUAUUGCAGGCACUGAAGGAAGGUUGUUGGGUUUUGCUGGACGAACUUAAUCUUGCUCCACAAUCUGUUUUAGAAGGGUUGAAUGCUAUACUGGACCAUAGAGCUGAGGUGUUUAUACCGGAGUUGGGAAAUACUUUUAAAUGUCCAUCAUCAUUUAGAGUUUUUGCUUGCCAGAAUCCAUCACAUCAAGGUGGGGGCCGAAAAGGCCUUCCAAAGUCAUUCCUAAAUCGAUUUACAAAGGUAUAUGUUGAUGAGUUAGUUCAGGAAGACUACCUAUCCAUCUGCGAAACAAAAUUUCCGACCAUCUCUCAAACAUUACUCUCAAAGUUAGUCUUAUUCAAUAAAAGAAUGCAUGAAGACACUACAGUAAAUCAAAAGUUUGCCAAGGAUGGCUUUCCAUGGGAGUUCAAUCUUCGUGAUAUAUUUCGGUCUUGUGAGAUAAUUCAAGGUGCACCGAAGCACUCUGGAUUGUAUUCCUUCGUGAACACUGUUUAUAUUCAGAGAAUGCGUACAGCAGCUGAUCGCAAGGAAGUCUUACGAGUUUUCAAGGAGGUAUUUGAGGUGACACUGCCUAUAAAUCUAUAUCCCCGUGUUCAACUGAACUCAGAACAUUUAAUUGUGGGCAAUGCUACUAUUAAGAGGAAUCAUGUCCAAUUAACUACACCCUCAAGCAAACAGCUCCUGAUUCUGCCUGAAAUUCGACAGAGUUUGGAAGCUGCUGCUCAAUGUGUAGAGCGUCAAUGGUUAUGCAUCUUGACUGGGCCAUCGUGUUCUGGGAAAACUUCACUGAUAAGAUUACUAGCUAACCUAACAGGAAAUAUGCUGAAUGAAAUUAAUCUUUCAUCUGCAACAGAUAUAUCUGAACUAUUGGGAUCUUUUGAACAGUAUGAUGCCUUGCGUAAUUUUUUCAAUGUAGUUGGUCAAAUUGAGCGCUAUGUUAAUGAGUUCAUUAGUUUGCAACUGGAGGCUUCAAAGGAUGCAAUUUUCAGGGAAACCGAUUUCUAUACCAGAUGGAUUGCUUUCCUCUCUAGCUUUAAAUUUGAGAGCUUGUUAUCUUCUGCUACAAAUUAUCUUGAUGACCAGAAGAAAAUAGUAUGUUCCCUUAGUUUGUUCGUUGAACAACUAAAGUUGCAGAUAGAAAGGAGUUCUCUUCCUCUAUCCUACUCUUUAAAGGAACUUGAUUUUGUAUCGAAGGCAGUUUUAAAGAUGAAAGAUGAUAAAAACAGCGCUGUUUCAACCAAAUUUGUAUGGGUUACAGGACUGUUGAUCAAGGCUAUUGAGCAAGGGGAAUGGAUUGUGUUGGAGAAUGCAAAUCUAUGUAAUCCCACGGUCCUUGAUAGAAUUAACUCAUUGGUGGAACCUUGUGGAUCGAUCACGGUGAAUGAGCGUGGAGCUGUUGAUGGAAAGCCAUUGGUUAUUCAUCCACACCCUAAUUUCCGCAUGUUCCUCACAGUGAAUCCACAGUACGGUGAAGUUUCUCGAGCAAUGCGUAAUAGGGGAGUUGAAAUAUUUAUGCUCCAGCCAUAUUGGGCAUUAGAUGAUAUGAGUGGAUACAAUGGUGAGGACAUUGAACUNAGAGAUGUCAGGAGGUUUCUUGUUUUAUUGGGUAUUCCGAUUGCUCAAUUGGUUGAUUCAAUGGCUACAGCCCACAUUUAUGCUAAAAAGGAAGGUUNGAAGCUUAAUNAUCGCAUUACAUAUCUUGAACUCUCACAUUGGGUUCAUCUGUUUCUGCAGCUUCUUAGGAAUGGUUGUUGUCCUAUUUGGAGUCUACAAAUAAGUUGGGAGCAUAUAUAUCUCUCCUCAUUGGGUGCUGAGGGAGAGAAAAUAGUCAAUUUAGCCAAAACUGAAUAUUUAUCUGUUCCUAAUUUUGCUGGGUAUGACGUUUUGACAGUGUGUCCUUUGAGUUUAAGGGAUUUUGUAUAUUACUCUAAAGAAGCUUCUAUCAAACAGAACUGCAUGUAUCUGGAAUCACUGGGAACUCAGAUUGCAUCUCAUCAAUAUCAAAAUGAUCGUAAGAGGAAGUCAACAGCUUCUUUGCUAACUUCCAGUGAACAUGUGAGGGCGAAUAUGAUGGAUUUGAUGACUUUACGUGAACUUAUGUAUCCUAAGGCUUCAAAUGUGAAAAUUUCUGACUAUGAAAGGGAGUAUAAAUUUGAUUCAGAGUUGACAAAGAAGAUGCUAUUCUUUUCUGCCAAUUGGGCAAUUGAACAAGCUACCAAAAGUGAUUUAAAGUUCUAUCUUCUAAGGUUUAAGUGGUUCAGUUCUUUCUGCAAGUUCUUUCAUGACUUUGUCAAACUGAUUGAACAGAUGAUGGAACAUCCUAUUUGGGAGUAUAUUUCAUGCCGUGAUGAACUAGAUGUUGAUUUGCAGUUAAUACCAUUGUUGUCACUUGAUAUAGUUAAUUUGGCUCCAUCAAAUAGCAAAACUAAAUAUCUCUGUAAUGCUAUUAUUUGCUUUGAUCCUCUAAGGCUAACAUUCCAGCAACGGAAUAUUGAGAGCCAACAUAGUUUUAAUGAAAAAGCCAGUCGCUUCAUUCCACUUUUGAAGUCCCUUUAUGUUUUGCAAGAUGAAAUACUUUACAAAUUUGUUUCAGCAUCUAAGCUAAUUGAGGACCAGUCUUUUGAUUAUAAAAUACAGUUAUACUGCAGCCUCAUCGAGGACCAUGUUUUAUUUUGGCGAUACUUGGUUUCUUUGAAGUUUGAUCCUUUGAAGUUUGAUCAGUUUGAUCAUUUGGAGUUUGAUCAGUUGAAGUUUGAUCAGAUGAUAAUUUCUUGGCACUCUUUGGUGAAAGGUGCUCAAAAGUUUAUAGAUAUCUGUCCUGAAGCAGUUGAUGAUUUUUUGAUGGAGAGCAAAAAAUUGAAGUUCUCUUUUUCGGAAGAACCCUUACUAUGGAUUCAUGGUGGUCACCCAUUUUUGCCCUCUUCUUCUGAUUUACACGAUCAACAUCAUCAGAUUUUGAAAUUUGUUGAAACAAUUUGGCCAAGAAAGACAGGACCCAAAUACCAAGGAAAUUUGAGCAGGCAUCUUGUUGAUGUUGUUGCAUCAUUUGAUCAUGAUCUCCGCAUCCUCAUUAUGCAAGAUGUGUCAAACUCAUCAUUCUUAAUGGUGAAAUGGAGUCAUGAGGAUGGUAUCCAUAAUUUUCAGAAGUUGGAGAAGACGCAUCAGGUGCUGCUAAGAAGGUUUGAACAUGAAAAACAGAAGUUGCAGUUGAAUUCAGGAUCCAAAGACAGUUCAUCUUUUGUUGAAUAUUCAACUGCUUGUUGUUCAUUCUCACGUGAAAUGUUGUGCCAAAAGUCUGCAUUUGAGGCCUGGCAGGAUACGUUCCCUCCAGUUGAUUAUGCCAGUUUAUUUUGGGACAUGGAGUUACUGCAGAAACUUACAUCAAUUCAUUUGGAUGAUCUUGAAGGAUUGCACCAAGCUGUGNGAUNUCUAUCAGACCUUUUGGACUNUGCUUUGNAGUUUUCNUUGAGUUUCUCAUCAAGGCCUCCACAAAUGUUUGUGCCACACCAGAAGAUAUUGUGGACCCUUAAUGCAUGGGCUUCAGUGGAUGCAGUGAAUUUGAAAAUUGCAAGUUUUAUUCUGGAGAUGUGGUUUAAGUGGCAUGAAACUGUGUGGGUAUGGUUCCCUAAAUUUAAUAAGAACUUUGUGAAGAUUGAUGGCUUUGGUACAACUGCACUUCCCCACAUGCUCAUUGAGCCUUCCAGUGCAUCAACUGUGUUGCAGAUCACGCAAAGCACACAUGCUAUCAAGGAAUCUUGGGUGCAAUGUCUCAAGUGUAGAGUUACCUUGUUCAAUCUGUGGCAUUGUUCUCAUCAUGGAACACAUCUACCUAAAUUUCUUUUAUCUGCUGCUCGCUCUCUUUUCCAGCAGAUUAUUUAUGCUCACAGAAAAUCAUUUGAUGCUGAUCAGUUUGCUAGAAUUAAAUCUACUUUUUCUUCUUCUGAGAAGAAUGCACUUACGGAAGAAAGCAUCUAUAUUCUGAGCUCUCUUGUUGCUUCAUCGAGACAUCAAAGGUUGAAAAAAUCCGUUCAGAAGUUCAUUGUUCCACUGCUUAGAGAGCUGUAUCUUCAGACUAAUGCUGCCGAUUUCAACUUUACUAUUGGUUGUGCAUGGGCGCACAUUGGAGCAUUGCGCAUUCACCUAUUGCUUAGCUGUAGUGAAAUUGACCCCACCAUGAAGUACUAUUGCAAGUACUCUCAGCUCAUGGAAACAAUAUCAACACUUGAACUUGAAAUUCAGGUGCGGAAAGAGUGUGGCUAUUUUGCUGGACAGUUUUUAACACACGAGUCUGACAAAAGAAAAACACAAAGGUUGGAACAGUUGCAGGCAGAGCAUCGGAUGCUAGAAGAAAAGAUUGUGUUUCGUGCUGAACCAUUGAAAUACAAGAACUUAGUGAAGGAAUGUGAUGACUUUCUUAAACAAGUUGAUGGUUUGGAAGCUUUGCUUAGUAGGAGUACUGCCCAGGACUUACAGCAGAUUGUUGACCAUGCUUGUGGCUGGCAGGAAACAGCUACAUGUUUUAUUGAUAGAUUAAUGGAUGAGUACGCCGCAUACAUUGACAUUAUUCAACCAAUUCAGGUUGCUGUGUAUGAGAUGAAAUUAGGAUUGUCACUGAUUCUGUCAAGUGACAGAAUCAACGAGGAAAUGAUGUACACACUUAUGCGCUUCCCUCGGGCUGCUUCAUUUAACUUCAUUUCUGUUAAUGACAUUGAGUUGAACUUGCACCCUGCAUACAGUUUUGACUCUUUUUUGGAAGAUAUGGAUUUGAUGGGAAGGCUUGUUACACUUUCAAGUGGUGUUGCUGGUGAUAAGAUGGUAUCUGUGGUGCAAAAUAGAGCUGCUAUCUAUUGGAGCUGUGUUCAAAUUGCACAUCGUAUUGCUAAUGCUAAAAUAAUUGAUAAUAAGUCUUACAUGCUCUUGCACAAGAUAUUUGACGAGUUGGCCAGGCUUUGGUUGAAUACAAAAUCUCACACAAAGUCAAAGAGUGAUUUUGAUGCUCAACAGUACAAGUUUAGACCUCGAGCUUUUCAAAUUGAGAGUAUUAUUGAUGUUGAAUUACCCCCACUUGCAAAUUCAUUUGCCCCUGAGACAUUUUCUGAAUGGAAGGAAUUUUCUUCCGAUGAAAAUUCUGCUGACAAAAUGGUAUCCUCUGAGGAAUGUUUCACAUUGGAUGAAGAAUGGAAGCAGCUGGAAGAGUCUAUCCUCAGUCAUGUGGUUCUCAUUCACAAUCAGAUAUUUGGGUCAAGUGAUCUAGUCCAGACUCCUGGAAAUUUUGAAGUUUCUGAUGAAGAUCGGUUGCAUUCCUUUACAAACUCAUAUUCUUUGGGCAUUGAUUUAAUCAAAGGUGUCCACUCCAUAGAUUUGGCCAGUUUAGAUACUAAACUCAUGCCAGAACAUUUAUUUUAUCUCUGUUUGGACUACAGAAAGAAGUACCUUCUGUCUCACAAAUCUGCUACUAGAUACAAUUUUUAUAAGGAUUCAAAUGCUCCUGAAAUGGUACACAUGUUGAAAGUACUUGAACCUCUCCAACAGCAGAUUCUUCCGCAUAUAAAUGAGUGGGAAGAUCAUAAUGAUCUUCAAAAAAUUUUGGAUGUAAUUGACAUGCUCUUGACUCUCCCAUCAGAUACUCCUUUAGCGAAGACUUUUUCAGGGUUGCAGUUUUUACUUCACAAAGCUGAAAUUAUGCAAGAAAAUGGUUCAAAGUUCCCCCUUGCAAAUCAACUCAAAUCUGNUAAUGAUCUGUUGUCAUCAUGGCAAAAGAUGGAACUAAAUUCUUGGCCUGCUUUGCUUGAUGAGGUGAUGGAUCAGUAUGAGAAUAGUGCAGCCAAAUUGUGGUUUCCUCUGUAUUCUGUGCUUCCACCAAACUCUUGCGAAAUAUCAAUUAUCGAAAGCCUUGAGGACUUCAUACAUACGUCCAGUAUUGGGGAAUUCAAGAAACGUCUUCAGCUUCUCUUUGCUUUCCUUGGUCAAAAUCAUAUCAAAGCAUCUUUGGAAAUUAAUUCCAGUUCUGGUCGGUUGGAACAGUCAACAUUCUUGUACAAUAUCUUUGGAUUUUAUGUGCAGUUCUUACCAAUAGUAUUGAAGUACAUUGAUGCUAGUAGGAAAGAGGUUGGUAUUGAACUAAAUAAACUAGUGANACUAUGUCAGUGGGAGCAUGGCAAGAGUCAUUUGUCAUUUGAAAGCAUGAAAAAGAGUCGGCAGAAGCUUAGAAAGCUUAUACAAAAAUAUACUGACGUCUUGCAAGAACCCGUGUCUAUUUUCCUUAACCAAGAAGGUGCACAAAGAGGAGCAAAAUCACAAUCUUUUCAUAAUCAUAAGCCCACUUAUGAUGUUACGAGCAAGGGUUUGGUUGAUGGUUCUUUUGAUUUGACAUUUUUCAGUGAAAACAGGUUCAUGUGGUUUGAGAACUUUGAUGGGGGAGUAGACCGUGCUUUUCAGGACUUGUUGCUUAAGAAAACAUCAGUAUUGGAUAUUAUUCCUUUACAUAAGAAAGAAAUUAAAAGCAUAUUUAGGCCAUGUCGUGAUUCCCAACGUACACUUUGCCUGAAAGGAUGGAAAGCUGUUUGGCAUAUGAUUGAAAAAAUAUAUACCACCGCAGUUGACUAUGGUAAUCUUUUGAAGGAAGAGAAAAAGGGUCAAGGGAAGAGGAGAGCUUUGUCUGAGCUUCUUAAGCUUUUAGAAAGCAAUGGAUUGUCUCGACACAAAUCAGCUUAUACAGGAGACCAGCAUAAAACUUGGUGGUUCCUUCAGCUUUCUGAGAACAUAUCGUAUUUACUCCCAACCAGCAGUAGAUUAGAGUGUGUAACCCCAGGAAUUCCUGAAGUUGAAAAUAAGAGUAUUGAAGAAGAAAGUUUGCUUAUGGAGUGGAAAACUGCCACUGAUUAUUACUACAAGAGUGUUGUCUCUGUGCUGCUUAUGCAGCAGAUGUGCCUCAAUCCACAUAAAGAUAUAACUCUUCAACAGGUUGACAGUUCUAGUUCUUUCCUCAAUCAACUUAUCCAGAUACAACAGAAGCAACUGACUGCUGCCAGUGCAUUCAACCAACAAUUGAAAUGCUUUAGAGAACGUGUUUCUACUCUGGGGAAAUUGUUUUCAAUUUCCUCCACCGAUAAUGAAAAAAAUUAUAUUUGUUCUAUUAUUCCCAAACAGGAUGCUACUUAUAAGUGCAUGUGGCAACAAAAACAAUUGUUUGAUGCUCUUUAUGCUACAUCACAAGAAGAAUUGCUUUUACUGAGAAUAUUAGAAAGUAGCCAUUUAAACACUUGCAAUAGAGUGAGACCCUUAGUCAGUCGGAUGAUUGCUUUGAUUGAAGAAUUUUUACCGUCGUUCAGUAAAUCAAAGGAUUCAUUGGAUUGUUACCUAAUUGGGAGGUCCAAAGCUGUGACUGCAGUGACUUCUUUCUUGCAUCCUUGCAUUGUUACUCAAGAAAUGAAGCUGCUGGUUUCUAAAAACUUCAAGACCAUUCGGAAUUUUGAGGAUCGUUUUCUCAAACUACAGCAGCAAGAUUUUCAUAGGAGUACAGUUAGAGAAGUUCUGAUCCAACAUUUUCUAGAAAUAACUGACAAGGCAAAAUUAAUCGAGGGUGAGUUUAAAACAGCAAUACAGGGAAAUUUUGGUGAAAAAGGUCUAUCUGGAGAUAUAUUUUGUAAAAGAAACUCUGUGGAGCUUAAUGCCAGGUUCAAUGAAGCCCUUAUGUCUAUAUAUCAGCGUCUUGCAUCUGUAUUGCAGAGUUUAUGUUUUCCAAGCAAUAUUCCUAUGGUUGAUGAGUCCAUGGAAAAAAUUGUUUCAUGUGAAUCACUAUUUGAGUCAUUUGUUACAAAGCUUAGCUUGGACACAUUAUGUAAGGAUCUUUGGAACGUUAUUUCUUCUGGGAAAAUGUUAGUGAAUUCUUGUGACGAUAAAAUCAGCAGUUAUUCAUCCGUUGGAGCCCAUUUUAAAAGCCUGCAUAUGUUCAUGGAUCAAUUACUAAACUUUGGUGAUGAACUCAUGAAAAAUUUCUUAGCCAUGCACAGAUCAGUAUCUGUAACAACUCAUGUUAUUGCAAAUAUUUUAGCUUCUUUAUUUUCAAAAGGUUUUGGAAUAUCUCCCGAAGACCAGGAGGAAGAUGGAACCCUUGAUACCACUGGAGAUUCAAAUGGUACAGGCAUGGGAGAGGGUGUCGGAUUAAAAGAUGUGAGUGAUCAGAUUGCUGACGAAGAUCAGUUGCUUGGAACAAGUGAACAGCAAAAUGAAAAGCAAGAUGACACAGACAAAGUGCCAAGUAGUAAUAAUACAGGGAUUGAGAUGGAGCAGGAUUUUCAGGCUGAUGCAUUGAGCCUCAGUGAAGACUCUGGAGAAGAUGAUGAUACUGAUAAUGAGGAUGGGGAACUUGAGUCUGAAAUGGGACCCACAGGGCCAGACAGAGAAGCAGUGGGUGAGAAGGUUUGUGAUAAGAAUGAAAAUGAGACUCCCAAUGAUACAAGAGAAAAGUAUGAAUCUGGACCUUCGGUUAAGGAAAGAGAUUCAGGCAACACAGAGUUAAGAGCCAAGGAUGACUCUACAGCUAAUGAACCUGCAGAUGGUAAUUGUAAUGAAGGUGAUGCUCAGGAUGAUGAAACUGUAAUACCAGAUGAUGUAGGUGAUGGAGAGAAAGAAGAUGAAGUGACAAUGGACAAAGAAACAGCGUAUUCAGAUCCUACUGGGUUGAAGCCCGAUGAGUUGGAUCAAACCUCUGACAUGGAUUUGGAUUUAAAUGAAGAUGCAGAUCUCAUGGAAGAUGCAGAACGUGAUGAGCAAGAUAAUAUAGCUGAGAAUGGAAAGGAAGAGAAGCAGGAAGAAGAGACUUGCUCCCCUGACGAAGUUAUGGAAGAGGCACAUACUGAAGUUGAUGUGAACUCUGAAAUGGAUGGUGAAGGUCAACAGAAUGCAGACAUGAACUUCACAGAACCAAAAGAGGAUAUAUUUAAACCUUCGGAAUUGAUUAAUGAGGAAGUUUUCCCUGCCGAAUUAGCAUCACAGUCCAAAUUUGAUUGGCAGACAUCUGGUUCUGAAAAUGUUGCAGCAGAGUCAAAUUUGUCUAAUAGCCAUCAUGACUCUGACUCUACUCUGUUCGGAGGUGUGCCUUCAAGUAUAUCUGAGAUGGAUUUUAAGAUGUCUGAGUCGUUAAAUGGUGGGGGAUUUGGUGAAAAUCAACCUAAAUCUCAUGAUAAUCCCCAGAGUGAGUGUUCCUUUAUUCAGGAGAAGCAUACUAAUCCUCAUCGGAGUAUAGGUGAUGCACUUGAAUAUCAGAAAGAAAGAAUUAAUGUAUCUGGUGACGCUCAGGAAGAUUUGAGUGAGAAACAAGAUGAGAUGGAAGAGGACAAUGCUGAUGAGUAUGGCUAUGUUUCUGAAUUUGAAAAGGGAACAGCUCAGGCUUUGGGACCUGCAACACUGGAGCAGGUUAAUAGAAACUUUGACGGCGACCAGCCUGAUAAAGAAUGUCAUGCUGGAGAAGAUUCAAAGUUACAGUUUGAAAAGGAAAAAUCAGAAAUGAUUUCUGUAAAUAAUUCAUCAUCAGUUACCAAAAACGAAAAAAGGGAGCAAGCGAAUCCAUCAGUCACGGAAACAUUGCGGGAUGAUGGAUCGGCACAUUCUCUUGCUAGUAGAAAUAUUGAUCUUGAGAAUCGUUUGGAAGAUUUGGUUUCUUUCAGAAGCUCAUUCAUGAGAGAUAGCACAGAUCUAAGCCAGCUUUCUCUGCACGACAAAGACUUGGGUAAAGGCCAAGAACCUUGUGAUGUACCCGAUCAUGUGAAAGAUAGUGCUGGUGCUCUCUGGAGUAGAUUCGAACUUAGCACAACAAAAUUGUAUAUUGAAUUGACUGAGCAACUGCGCCUUGUAAUGGAGCCCACUCUGGCCAGCAAACUCCAAGGGGACUAUAGAACUGGAAAAAGAAUAAAUAUGAAAAAGGUAAUUCCUUACAUAGCAAGUCAUUAUAGUAAAGAUAGAAUAUGGCUGAGGCGGACCAGACCCAACAAACGUGAUUACCAGGUUGUUAUAGCUGUUGAUGAUUCACAUAGUAUGUCAGAGAAUGGUUGUGGUGAUGUUGCUAUUGAAGCUUUGGUUACUGUAUGUCGUGCCGUUUCUCAAUUAGAAAUGGGCAGCUUGGCUGUUGCUAGUUUUGGAACAAAAGGAAACAUAAAGUUGCUGCACGACUUUGACAGGCCCUUUAGUGGAGCGGCUGGUGUUAAGGUUAGCAAGAUAAUAACUUGACUUAUAAUUUGAUUCUUUUUAUUAAAAUCAGUGCAUGUGUCUAACUCUUUGUUUGGAUGAGGAGCACAGAUGAUUUCCAAUUUGACAUUCGAACAAGAGAAUACUAUUGCUGAUGAGCCAGUUGUUGACCUAUUGAAGUACCUGACUAACAAACUGGAUACUGCAGUUGUAAAAGCACGACUUCCAUCUGGACAUAACCCACUACAACAACUAGUUUUGAUAAUUGCAGAUGGUCGGUUUCAUGAAAAGGAGAAUUUAAAACGGUGUGUUAGAGAUGUAUCAACUGGUAAUCGAAUGGUUGCUUUCUUGCUUCUUGAUAAUUCUCAGGAGUCAAUUAUGGAUAUGAAGGAAGCUUCUUUUGAGGGUGGGAAGAUGAAAUUUUCUAAGUACAUGGAUUCCUUUCCCUUUCCCUACUACAUUGUUCUGAGGAACAUUGAGGCACUGCCUAGAACUCUUGCAAACCUAUUGAGACAGUGGAUGGAGCUUAUGCAGCAUUCAACUGGUUGAGGAUCUUUAUGCUGCAAAUUCCAUUUUGGCGGAGAGCGUCUGCUCCCUAUUUAUUUUGUAUUUAGUAGUUUACAAAAUUGUACAUACAGUUCAGUGUUCAGCUGCAUCAUUCAUUUUUUCAGCAAGUGUUUACAAGAUGAUCUUUAAUAUUGUCAAAUUUAUUUAGAUAAAUCCAAGUUUAAAAGUUCUUAUAAAC